AUGACGGAUGUUGAAAUGGCUGAAGCUGGCCAGGAAUUACCACAAUUCCCAACAGUUCAUAUUCUUCAAGUCGUUAAAGAUGCUCAACAACAACAUGGUUUGAGACACGGUGAUUAUGCUAGAUAUAGGUUAGUUAUCUUUAUUUUUGGAGUUAAAAUUAACAAUAAACUUUUUUAGAAAAUAUUCGGCAGCUAAAUUGGAAAGAAUGAGAAAAGCUUUGAAGUUUACCAAUCAACACAAUUGUCAAAAGAAAAGAAAGGCUAAAUUUGUAAAGAAAUGGUUGACUGAAGAAGCUUUAGUCGAUGCGCAAUUUUUGAAUUUUGGUAUUUUUGAAACCGAAAGACGGUAUGCUUCAGCAAUGAUUGAAAAAAUGACACUCGAAGAUAAUCCGGAAAAAUUGAGAAAACGAUUUUCAAUGAUAAAUAACUUGAAAAAAGCCGUUCUUCAUGCUAACAAUCUUGAAAAUAUUGUUGUAAGCAGUGCAAGAGUGAGUUUUUUAUUCGAAAUUUUUUAAUUUGAAAGAAAAUUUUAGUGUGACGCUCCAACAAAACUCGAAGCUCAAGCUUACGCCGCGUGGAUGCGUGGAAUGUGUGCUUUUGAAUCGAGAGAUUGGCAAAAAGCCAGCGAAGCUUUGAAAUUGGCAAGAAAUGUUUAUGAUAAAUUGGCUGAAGCCACUAAUAAUACAACAUUGGCCACGUUAUAUAAAGGAAGGUUUGUUAUUUUUCUGUGUGAGAAAAUUGUAGGAAAAAACAAAAAAACUAAUUUUUGAUUCCUGUUUUGUGUUCUACUGAUUUAUGGAUUUCAUUCUUUCAACGAAAAAAAAAAGUAUUUCUAGAUGUCGCGAAAUCCAACCACAACUUCGACUCUGCGAAUUCAAUAUUGCUGAAUCUCCAGAAGCUGUCGGAACUAUGUCAGAAUUGAUGGAACUUCGUAUGCAAAUGGGAGCAGAUGACAGUUCUGUUGAUAAACUUAUUUCUGAAAUGAGAUCAACUGCAACUGGCGCUGAAGUUGUCACAAUUGAAUGGGGUGGAAUGAAGAGUACUGUAGAAGACGAGAAAGCAAAACAAUGUUUGCAAGGAUGGAAACAAUCAGAAGCUGAACUCAAACAAUGUCAAACACCAAAAGAAAAAAUGGCAUUGUAUGAAAAAGCAACAGCGGAUACAAGAGAUGCAAUUGAUCGAUUAUCGGAUACAAUUAGAAGAAAGAAUGCUGAUAAUGCUGAUACAACUGUUUUGCAAUCAAUCAAGGCUUAUUUAGAUUUUUUGAAAAUGAGUGGAACCGCUUCGAGAUAUUUGGCAAUUAUUGAGAAUACGAAAAGUGAUAAGAAAAAUAAACCACAAGACAUGUUGAGAUUAUAUGAUUCAGUUAUUGAGAUUUAUAAAGAGGUUUCGGAAACACCUGGAGCUGAAUAUGAUAAAUCACUUGAGAGUGAGUUGGCUGAUUUUAACUAUUUUCAAGCAAAUUGAAUGAUUUUGCAGAUUAUUCGUGGCAGAAAACACAAUUUCCUAGUUUUUCUGCGUUCUUAUGA